UGGAAACACUAGAAACUAAAGAAGUUCUGAGUCGGUACCGCCUCACUGACCCAAAUCAGCUCAACAGAACCGCGUCACUCUUCCAUUGAGCACAAAUUAAAGUAGCAGAUCAAAGUUGAAUCCCAACCCAACAUGUGACCUCCAAAGCUUCCCAUAGUGUCUUUCCUGAUCACCACAUGUGUGUUUAUUUUUGGAGAAGUCUUGCACAUGGGUCAUAGUUAUGCUCACACUACUAUGAGAUGUCUGAUCGUCAUAGACCGGCUGAAAUGUUGUUGGUGAAUAUUUACCUGGAUAUCACACUUGGGUCGGCUAACCAAUCAGAUGCUUGAUUUUCUAUGGGGGUGGUUACUACUAUGGACCCAGAUUCGGCCCGGCAAUCGCAAGCCCCGGCCCUGCAGCAGGGCACGUUAAGUGGGCAUGCCCUUGUAGGGGCCGGGCCAGGGCCUCGUGGAAAGCACUAUGUUUGUGGCUCGCUUGCUGCGUUCACUAACAUCGUCGUGACAUUUCCCAUUCAGAAAGUUCUGUUUCGCCAGCAGCUGUACGGAGUUCGUGUAAGCGAAGCCGUCCAUCAGCUCCAGAGGGAGGGGCUUAGAAACCUCUACCGCGGGCUGUUGCCUCCUCUACUACAGAAGACAACAACCGUAGCCAUCAUGUUCGGCCUGUACGAGGAUUUUUCUCGGCUGCUCUUGCGACACGCUCGACGUAGCGGUGCGCCCGAGCUCGUCACGCGGAGCGCCGCCGCAGCGCUGGCCGGGAUGGCCGAAGCCGCCCUCACGCCGUUCGAACGAGUACAAACGCUACUUCAGGACCACCGACAUUACAGGCGUUUCAACAACACGGCGCACACUUUCCGGACACUUCUACAAGACCAUGGCGUGAGGGAGUGCUACCGCGGGCUGGUCCCCAUUCUGUUGCGUAACGGGCCCAGUAACGUUCUCUUCUUCGGGCUCCGUGGGCCCAUCAAGCAACGACUGCCAGAGGCACGAAAUUGGACGGGUCACAUGGCCAAUGACUUUGUGUGUGGCGGCCUGCUAGGGGCAGCUCUGGGCAUCAUGUUUUACCCACUGAAUGUGGUCAAAUCUCGAGCCCAAGCCCAAGUAGGGGGCGAGUUUGUGUCCUGCAGCCAGGUGCUGAUGACAGUGUGGCGGGAGAGAGGUGGAAGCAUCGUGCUGUUGUUUCGUGGGGCGACACUAAACUACCACAGAUCUCUGCUCUCGUGGGGUAUCAUCAACGCAACCUAUGAGCUUCUUCUGAAAGUUUUCUGAGGGACAAAAAGCAGACGGAGUGGAUAACAUAAGGGGGAACUGUAAAAUAGCCAAACAAAUGAAAUGUUCAUUAUCGACCAGACAUCACUCUUUAAAAGAGGUCUGGACACUUGCACCUCACAAUAAAUAUCUGUGUAACUUAUGAAUAAACAGAUUCCAAAGACUGUUGCCUAAAUAUAAAGUUCACUCAUAUUACUUGGCUACUAUAAGUGUUGUGAAAUGUAACGCCACCUGUAGUGGCACUAGUAUAAGUUUUUAGUCACUUUCUAGGGGGCGUUUGGGGUGUUGCACUACUGACAAACAUUUGUACUUCAUUGAAAACACGCCAAGAGGUUAACCAGAUAAGCAAUUUCUGGACUAGAAGAUAGCAAACUGUGUGGAUCACUCAGUGUUUUAAAAUGUUAAGUUAACUUGUCUGGGUGUUCAUAACAGCAUUUGUGGACCACGCUAUGAGAAAAGUCCAUGCUGUUAUUUUGCCAAACCAAUUAAUUCUAAUGUAUUCAUUUCAAAGGUGGAAAUUAUAUUUUUAUGUAUCAAAUGUUUUGUGAUAAUUGUGGGUGAGAAGUAAACAUAAUUCUUCAAAUUGAAAUUUUUAAGUCUUGUCAUUGAACCCUAUCAACAAGAUAAUUUCAUUCACAUUUUUUUUAUCAGGGCUUCACUAAAAAGUUUACAUAUAGUACAGAGACAAAUACAAUUCAAACUGUUUAUAACAUAUAAGUGCAAUUUGUUUUAUAUUCACAAUGCCAUAGAAGAACCAUUUUUGGUCAAAUAGUUCCAUAAAGAACCUUCUUCCUAUUUUACAAAAAGUUCUUUGUGGUGAAAAAGGUUUUUCAAAUUAUAAAAGGUAAGAAAGAAGAACCUUUGAAUAGUUCCUUGAGGAACCAACAAUGGAUCUUUUAUGGCUUUGCUGACUUUUUAAAGUUUAUUUGCAGUGCCACGUUUACUUCCAAAAAUAUGAAAGAGGGGUAAGCAGGGCCCAAACUAAUGCAGGGUUAAUUGUAACACAUAUGUUAAGUUGUCACAUUUACACUCCGGUGUACAUUUUCUGUGUAAUUGUACGAUAACGGUAGAUCUCAAACAAACUCCCGGACAGGGAUUAGACUAGUCCUAGACUAAAAUAAAUGUAAGAGCUGUCCAAACUGAAAACUUGCGCUGACAUAUCUUAAAAUACAUCAGUGACCUUUGUUUUGCCUUAAAAUGCACACAAGUAAUGUUUUUAGUAAGGCAUGUUUGUUCAAACUAGUUAUAUUUCCUAAUUAAACUAAGGUCUAGUCCUGGUUUAAGCUAAUCCCUGUCUGUGAAACCACCAUUGUUUAUUUGUAGCAGAUAUGUGUGUGUUGAUUGUGUAAAACUUAAAAUAUUUCUAAUUUAAUUUCUAAAAUAUUUCUAAUAUCUAACUUAAAUAUUUUUUGAAUGAUGGAGCCAAAGCCAAAAAGUCUUUCUUUGUGCCCCGCUCUCCCCUACAAUUACUCAGCAAUUACAAAGUCAAAAACGGCAUGAGUAUGAGUGCAAUUCAACAUUAUCAUUCAGGUUAAAACAAACCUAGUUAGCUAAGCGGACAUUAAAGUGGCAUUCCCUAUCCGGAGCGUUUCCUAUGGAAAACUGCUUUGGAUUUGAAUUUUUUGUGUCAAAAUUCAUACACCUCACCUCACAAUGGUGACGAAUUGCAACACUUGCAAUAUAGUUUAAAUAAUGCACUAAAAUAGUUUGUGUACCCUAAAUGACAUUUGGGGACCUUUAUUAAGCACCAAAGAUGGGGAUUGAAAAUAUUUAGAAAAGAAAAGCCUUAAAGAAACUCUUAGUCUGACUACAGAUUAACUCCUCCAGAUUAGUGUGUGGGUCUGCCAGUAAACACUCCCAUCAUUCUCUCUGUUUGAAUUGUAGAAGACUUUGAGUGAGUUUAAUCCCAGGCCUAAUCUGUAAUCCCCUCCUGCCCAAAUUCAAAGGCAAAUAUGGUCUGACUGAUGCUUUAGUGGCUAUGUUGAAAGGAAUUGAUUUUUGUGGUACUAAAAUGUAAUUUUUGGGGUGAAAUAACCUGGAUAUCGUCACAUACAGUACACUACAAAAAUGUUGGACUGUUUGGCUGAGUAAAUAUUGGACAGAACAAGCC